AUGGAGAUCGUUGCCGAAUCAUUGCCAUGCAUUGUGUGGCAGGGCAUCUAUGGUGCUCCCUGGGUGGACGAGCUUCAACGACGUCUACGGAGAGAAUGCGUGAACUUCCGCCGGAAUGCCUGGACCUGCAAGUCGGUGCAGCGCCGAGCGGCUCAAGCCCCCAUUUUGGAUGAGGCAGUUGUUUUGGCCGGCACCAACGACGCCAUGAUGGAACUUGCGGCUCGGGCUGGAAACACAGGCAUGCUCAGUGUCUACCGGGGCUUGAAUCAGCUCCCAGCUGAGUACGUGCCGUCCAUUGAAAGCUUUGCAACAUCCUUCAAGGAGCUGUUGUCCUCUGUUCGUGCAGAGAAGGUAGCAGUCCUCAGCCUGCCACCUCUGGGAGAAUCCGAUGGUCGCGCAGCUGAGCUGCUGUCCCUCUACAAUCAGGAGAUUUGUCGCCUGGUUGAGGAGGAUGAGCGUGCCAUCUAUGUGCCUUUUGGAGAGGCCUUAGAGAAGAGAAGUGGUGAAGAUUUCGAUGCUUCCUCCCCGGCAUUCUCCCAGACUAUUGCGCAGAUGUUUGCACAUACGGCCUUGAGACGAUUGCCUUUUGGUCCCUCUUUUGACACAUUGGGCAGUUUCUAUGGCAGAGAGGUGGCCUCAGCUUUCGACAUUUGGGGGCCUUGGGGUCAACGCCAAAGAUUGCCGAACGUGACAGCUUUGUUGAGGCAAUACGGUGAUCAAGUGAGCCGAGUCACAUGCUAUCCUGUGCGGAUGGCUGCGCACCAAAAAAGAGCCAGAGCUGCCACCACACCAGCGCUACGUCGCAGUGGCUGGGCGUUGCGCUUUGCCAGUGAGCGGCUUAAGAAGGACCGCAGCCUUGUUUUGGAGGCCAUCCAGAGCGAGGGAGUGGCUAUUCGAUUUGCUGCAGAGGAGCUUCGACAGAACCACUCCUUUGUUUGCGAGGCGAUGUCAAGGAAUGGUGAUGCUCUUCGUUAUGUGGAUGACGAAUUUCACAGUGAUCCAAAGGUGGUGCGCAGUGCAGUGCGGCAAAAUGGCAUGGCCUUGCGUUUUGCUGUUCCAGAGUUGCGAGCAGAUCUGAACAUAGUGACAGAGGCGACCAAGAACACGCCCAAAGCUUUUGCUUUUGCCUGCGGACCUUUGAAAUGGGACCGUGCGCUGGUGCUCGAGAUGUUGCAGCUGGAUGGUUCCCUGCUGCAGCACCUGCCGCAGGAGUUGCGUUGUGAUCGGGAUGUGGUGACCACGGCUGUGCAACAGCAUGGCCGUGCCAUAUUGUGGGCUUCCGGCUCCCUGAAACAAGAUGUUUCGGUGGCUGUGGAGGCCGUGAAGCAAGAUGGUACCGCCUUGCAAGUGGUCUCGGAGGUGUUGAAAUCCUUCCGGAACAUUGCGCUGGAGGCUGUACGUCAGAACAGUGAUGCGUGGCAGUUUGUGGACAAGCACCUGCGUGGAGACGUGGAUUUUGCCAUUGCUGUGGUGCAGAACAACCCAGAGGUGGCAGAAGUGGCGGCAGAAGAACUGGAGGUGCCAGUGAAAUGCUUGGUGGCCGUUGCCGACCAGGCAGACCUGCGCUUUGACAAGGAGGCUAUGCUGAAAAUGAUCCGGGAAAGCGGGUGGCAAUGCAUGCGAUUGGUGGGAAGCACCAUUCGCCAAGAACCGGAACUGCACACGGAGGCUGUUGCACAAAGUUGGAAAUCCUUGAAAUGGAUGCAAGAGCCCAAGGUCACAGUUAUUCUGAGCGCUUGCAGGCAAGACUUGUCUGCUGUCGAGUUGCUUGGCAAUGUUGAGGACGGCAUCAAAGCAGUCAUUGCGAUGAAUCAUCCAGAGGUGGUUCAGUUUCCAAGCUUUGCGACAAAGCUCCCGAUGCUUUCGGCGGUUCGGAAGAACGGGCUGCUGUUGCAAUUCGCCUCGGCCCAGUUGCGUGAGGAUUUUGAGGUGGUUGAUGCUGCGGUGAAGCAAAACCCCGAAGCACUUCGUUUUGCGCGAGGUGCCGCAGUGGCCAAGCUGAAGGUGCAGCAAGAGGCCUCAACUGCUCCACCCAUGCUCGUAGCACCAGCGGCAGCUACUCAGCAGGCACAUUUGCUACCAUGGAUGGCAGGGCGCCAGGAUGCCUCCUCAAGUAUCGAGUGGUGCUGCUGUGCUGGUGAAGAUGAACGGCCCUUGCAGCAACUCUGA